UGCAGGGGGCAGCACUGGUAGGUUCACUAUUCUACUAGACGGGUGAAGAAGACGAGGCGAACGUACACAGAAGAGAAAUGCUAAUAUCCAUGUUGACUGAAAACUGCAGCUAACUACACAAGAAACCUCUGUGGCAGGAUAAGAUUCACGUUUCUUCACGUUUUAUCCCCAAGACGCUUUUAUCAACUAACAACUGGUUAUCGAAAAGCCUUUCCAUCAUCAGAUGUAGUUACAUGUGAUGGGCAGAUGAGGCCUUGUGAAGCUUUGGGGAUUCUUCCUGAUUCAAAGCAUGAAAGACAGACUCUCGUCUCAUGGUCAGAUGCAGUUAUAGCAGCCAUAAACCUUCAAAUGGUUAACACAUCUUGUUGAUUUCAGUUCCAACUCAAACGCACUCCAUCUGAGCUCCAUGGCGUCGUCGGAUGUGAGCAUGCAGGAGAUGAGCGAGGUCGUCAUCGUAACCAUACCGGACUCUGUGGCCGGUGAACUCCCGUCUGUGGUGGAGGAGGAUAAAGCAGUACUGGUGACUACAGAGCUGAGUAAUGCUGGGGAGGACGUCCUCACAGUAGCUCCAGUGGAAGCAGAAACUGAGACCAGCGGAGCAGAUUCUUUGUCAAAGGAGGAGGCUGUUAUUGUGAAGUUAUCUGAGGAGGUGGACGUGGAGGCUGACGUCUUCUACCCCAUCACCUGUGGAGAUGUCAAAGCCACGCUGGUCUGGAAGAAGUUUGUCUGUCCUGGGAUCAAUGUGAAGUGUGUCCAGUUCAAUGAACAGCUCAUCAGUCCAAAGGAGUUUGUUUGUUUUGCUGGAAAAUCCACGUUGAAAGACUGGAAGAGAGCCAUCCGCCUCAACGGCACCAUGCUCAGGAAGAUCAUGGACUCGGGAGAGCUGGACUUCUAUCAGCACUCUAAGGUUUGUUCCAACACCUGCCGCAGCACCAAGAUCGACCUGGUGGGAACCAAAGUGUCCGUCAGCAGCGAUCAGUCUGCCGAGCUCGUGUCUGCCGCCACCUCUUCAGCUGAUUUGAACGGAGCAGCUGCCUCAUUUCCAGAUGUGUCGGAGGAACCGUCCGAGUGGGUCACAGCGAUCGGAGAGGACUCUCUGGUGUUCUGGCGUGCAGUGAAGGAGGCAGGGUUGCUAGAGGAGGUGGUGGAGGACUUCCAGAAGGAGUUGCAGGAGGUGUUGAAGGGGCUGCAGGAGAGAGUGGGUGAUCCACCACUACAGGUCAAAGAUGCUGUUUUACUCAACAACAUAGUGCAGAACUUUGGGAUGCUGGACCUGGUGAAGAAGGCUCUGGCCAGUCAUAAGAGCCAAAUGGACCAUUACAGAGAGCAGUACACACGCAGCCUCGCCGCUCUGGAGCAGCAGUGUGAUGAACACAGGAGGCGAGCCAAAGAGCUGAAGAGCAAAUCGCAGCAUCUCAACAACGUUUUGAUGACUCUCACUCCGGUUCCUUCACCCCAGGCCCCCAAACGUCCCCGACUGACCCGUGCCGUUUCUGGCCCGGCCACAGUCAACGCCACUCCCACCCAGAUCACGCUUCCUUUGAACCAGCUGAGCGGCCUGCCGCUGGGGAAGUUGCUGACUGUUGCAGGAGCACAGGCAGGCACCAACCUCGGUGGGUACACCCUGCUGACUUCUCCGCUCUCUGGAUCCGAGCUGGCAGCCGACACCUCCAACCUGACCGUGCUGUCCACAGCAGCGGGCCAGGAGGGCACGUCGGGGUCCAGCAGCUCUGCAGCCUCCCCUGCCUUCGUUAAGGUGGUCGGCCCCCAGUUCCAGCUGGUGACACUGCCGCUGACCACAUCACCGAGCGCCGCUGUCCAGCAGCACGUCAGCAGCAUCAAUGUGGUGGGCGCCACGGCAACCACCGCUGAUGAUACUCAAGAGGGAGGCCAGACUGAUGGUGAUGAUGAAGGUCAGCCAGAGCAGGUUACAGGGGAAGAGGGGGAGCAGCAGGCCGAGCAGCAGUGAGACGACGGACAGCUGUUGCAUCCCCCGUCCUCCAGCAUCUGGCUGGCUUCUCACUGAACUGGAAUUCAUUUGCAUCUGAUGUUUGCACAUUUCAGUCAUCACAGUUCUUCUGUGUAGCUGUGGAUCCGACUCGUAAAUGUCUCCAUGAGUCUGUUCAGGUGUGAGGAGUGUGCAUUUCAGGUGUUUGUUCUGUAAAUACGUUAGUGACUGAUUGUUUUGUAAUGGACUCUUUAAUCUGGGGUGCAGGAGCAUUGUUUAGUUUUUUGUAUUAAAUGCUCAGUUUUUAAGAAAAAUAUUUGCAAAAAAUGUUGCAUAAUUUCUACAAACAAGGCUGAAGACAACCUGG